UAUUAAACCUGUACAAAAAGACUGGACCAAGGAUGCGAUUGCGAGGUUCCAGGCCCUCACAAGGGGGACUCAGCCUGACGUUCAAGUAGUGUCCUAGAAGAAGAGUGGAUUUGGCAUUGAGAUGAGGUGGAAGGAGCAGAGAAUUGCCAGCAUACUGGUUGCUGAAGAACUGGCUGUUACAGAGAAUGCCAACAUUGCUGAAACACCAGUGGCUGCACCACCAGCUACUCCUCACACAGGUGAUAAGAACUGGUACAGAGCUAUUGUUCUGGGGACAUUUGACACUGCUGCAAGGGUUAUUUAUGCAGAUUAUGGAAAUUCAGAAAGUGUUGAAUGUUCCAGCAUUCUCCCCAUUCAAGAAAAGCACUUGGAGCUCCCUUUUCAAGUUGUGAAGUAUGCACUUGCAGCACAAAGAGAGAGCCCUGGAGAGUGGCCACAGUCGUCUGUAGAGCACUUUAAAACACUGUUGCAAGGCAGGAAGGCAUUUGCAUCAGUGCAGGAGUUUCAUGGGGAUUUGCACACAGUUCACCAGAACAGCUGUGCAGAGGAUGAGUCUGUUAAUGUGGCUCAAAUGAUUGUGGAGGAUUUAUCAAAAUCCAAUCGUAGAAGUACUACUCCCAAGAGUGUAGCUCAGACGACUGUGGAGGAUUUAACAAACUGCACUGCCGCUCCAACGACCACCGGUAUAUAUACCUUAUAAGAUUUUAUUUUCUUGAUUUUUUAAUACAAAAAUCAAGCUUCAAUGUGCCAUAUUGUAAUCAUUUUAAAAAAGAAAAGAAAACAUAAUGUUAUUGUUAUUGCAGACAAAGUGUUGCUGUGCACGCCUGAGCCAAAAAGUAAGGCAGUAUUUUACCUUUCUUAAAUAUUUAUAAAUAUUCUUUUGGUACAGUAUGUGGAAUCUCAAAGGUUUGUAAACCAUGGUUCUAAAUAUAUAUAUAAUCUUUUUUUUUUUUUUUAAAUGACCGCUUUUGUAAUUUUUCAAAGUUGCUGCUGCCUCGUGUUCAGACCCUUCUAACUCGGACAUCCUUCGAAGCAGCGACUGUUAAAGGGUUCAGUUAAACAUGCACACUGAAGGUGUUGGUGGCCUACAUGGCUGCCAUGUUCAGGUGACUUUUUAGAUGUCAUGAUUUUUCCACGUAAUCCAUUUACUGUCCUCUGGAGAGGGGGAUUGGUCUGCGACUUGCCCAUAGGUAAACAUAUAUAUAUGACACACAUACCAUUGUCUUCCUAUUUGGUACUCCGCUGUAUUCUAUGAUUCCGUUUAGCCCGGGACAGACAGGCAGGCAGGCGCAGCACGCAAGGCAUUUUGCUGCCUGUGUCGCUGCCAUUGCUUUCAUAUGGUGCUGGACGGAUCAGGCACCGGAUGAUGCUGCUAGUCCCGCGGUGACGCUGAGCGGUACCGCUCAGAUCGGAUCUAGAGCGCACAGUCAGUGCAUUACCCAAUCAUAGCCAAGUGCUGACAAGACGUGCUUGCCAGGAAAAAUCAUGAAUGAAACUCUUUUCUACAGAGGUGUCCAAGCACCC